AUUUGGAUUAGAUACAUGGAGAUAAAUUUGUUCACAAAUUCAUCUUUUAUACUAACUAAUGCAUGAGGAAUGAUGAUCAUCUAAUUUGAUUAAUUUACUCUAAUCUAGGAGGGACAAUCAAAUCGUGGUUGUGAAAGUGUGUUGAAGGAUGGGUAAACAUCUCUUUUUUCCUUUUGGGAAAAUAGUAUUUGAAGUAAUUAGGAUGAUACAGACAGUGUUUUUCUCUAUAAAGGAAAGACGAGGUUGAGGCUCUGGUGCAAAAAUGAGAGAAAUCUUUACUAUUUUCACUUUUGUGUUGCUUCAUUGCAUUUGAAUACUGAUGAAGACAGAAAAGAGAAUAGAUUAGGUAGAUAAUUACCGUAUUGAUGUUGAAUUUUUCCAUUGCUGGUGACAGCGAAGCAAUCAAUGCAUGCAGUUGAAAAAGAGAAUUUUUUUUUUUGCCAGAACAGCGCCCCACCUACAAAUGUUACUUCUUUUUGAAGGAUUGCCACAAUCUACGUCCAAAAGAAAAAGAAAAAGAAAAAGUUGCUGAAAUGUGUGGUCCUUGUUGUAUGGUCUUACGCCAGACGCCUUAUAUAUACCCGGAGGAACUGAUGGUGAUUAGAAUUGUGUGAACACAAUGAGGCAAAGUCAUCUCCUUUUAGGCGAUUCUUCAGGACAAAACGAUACGAGAGCGAGGAAAAUGGAUGACAAGAUGAAAAGAGGAACAAGUCUAAGUCAAAUUAAUGACGACGCUAUGGAGGAUAUAUUCUCUCGUUUGUCAGCAAAGGAGAUAUCCAUAAGCAAGUGUGUAUGUACAAAAUGGAAUGGCAUCAUGUCACACAAUUCAUUUAUCCAUCGCUAUUGUCAAAGGUCAGAUUCUAUCUCCGGUCUCUUUCUUCAACAACAUGAAGAGAUUGGCGAUCCUUUUGUAAAACCGGUCUUUCACUUUCCUCUAGCAACCAAAAAUCCACAGAUUCAGACAAAAUUUCUGGACUUUCUUCCUGAGAAAGUGUACAUCAUGUCUUCGAAUAAUGGGCUCCUUUGCUGUAGGAGCUUGGUUGCUAUAAAUAAACUUGACAGACCUGGUGGAGCAGAACAAGGAAGCAUUCAAGACGGAUGGUAUAUUCCCAAAAUUUACGUUUGCAAUCCGAUAAGCAAGGAGUUUAUUUAUUCGUUCACUGUCUUUUCGUCGAAAACAUCCAGUUGGAGAAUUUUAGAUGCGGUUUUCAAUUGGGAUUCACCAAUUCAUAGAAACAAGAAUGUUUUCGUUAAUGGAAUUUUCCAUUGGCUGGCGACGAAUCACCGUGUGAUCACGUUUGAUCUGGAGAAAGAAGCUGUUGGGGUGGUUAAUCUACCGGGCCCCAUAAUGGAAGGAAAAGGCUAUCACGGAGUUUGCAUUGGGAGCUCGGGAGAACGCCUGGCUUACAUAGUUGUUCAUCCUUUGGAAAUCCGAGUUUGGAUUUUGAAAGAUCACGGUAAAUCUGAGUGGUUUCUUGAGAAUCAGUUGUCUUUGGAUCAGUUUUACGAAGAAAACAAGUCGCUGUUGCAUCGUCAGCUGUUUCUUCUACUUACUAAGGAUACGAUUAAUCCUGAGACGAAAACAAAUGGUUCAGUUAAUCCGCUUGCGUUUGGUGAUGACGUUCUUUAUAUGGUUAUGAACAGGUUCAUGUACUCUUAUGAGUUUAAAACUAGACAUCUGAAGAAACUUUUUCUUAUGGAUGGGACGAAGUGUGAUAUGUCUCUAUCGCCUACUGCUGUUCCGUAUGCUGCUAACUUGAUUGCCAUGGAUUUUCUUAAGGCGAAACCGAGAACAGGUAAUAAUGGCGCAGAUAGUUAGUUGGUUGAAGAAGUAGAACAGAAGAUUGUCUUUUAGUUUGCUUUAAGGAUGUGCUUGUUGAAGACAUACAGUUACUUAUUUCUAUGAAUCACAUUUCGUAGACUUAUUUGGUAAAGGAUUGUUUUUGUUGAAAAUUUGUCAAAAGUAUUUUCUUUUAUCAGGUUCCUUUAAUGUUGUAUUUUUAUGAUCAUGCCUUUAAAAUCUUGCUAUUCUAAAGAAUACUGAUCUAUUCUUGUUAACUUAAAAAGUUAACCACAAUUUAUUUUAUUUUUAUACUAUAUAU